GAAAAUAAGAAACUGUAGAAAAAGAGAAAUGGAGAAGUUCAGAAGAUCUAGGGUUUCUUUCAAGGGGUUUUCUUGAUCUCUAUUUUCUCUCUCUUUAUAUCCAUACACUCUAUUAUAUGCGUAAUCUGGAUGGAUAGAACGAUCAACAAAAACUGAAAAUUCAUUAAGGUUUUUAGGGGUUUCUGGUAUUCGAUUGCGAAAAGCAAUUGAAGUUUGUUGUAUUAAUACAUUUGAGAAUCGAAUCAAAUAACUUGUAUAUAUAAAUAUGGGAGGAUCGCAGAAAUCAAAAAGGAUUACUUGGGCUUCUGAUGUUAAUCUUUGUCAGGAUUGGGAUGAUAGUUGGACUCAUGUCAUAAGUUUAAAGUUGGCCUUCUACCAGCAGCAACUCUCCUGUUUCGGGCUUGGAACUAGUUGUCAAAAUGUGAGGUUGUUUUUGUCGGAUGAAUCUCCUUCACAAGUUGGAUUGGUGGGAUCUCAAGACCAUCUGCAGGCGAAGACAUUAUGGUCAGUCCACUCAGGUGGUACGGGAUCUGAUGACAAUUUGCCUCCAGGCUUUGAAGGAAUCGAGACAUCAAAUCUUUGGAGAAAUAAGUUGUCCCAAAUACCUCUUAUCAAAUGGAGAUGCCCUCCCAGAUUUGUACUAGAUGGUGCUUGGCAAGUGGUUGCUGGGGAAGAAAGCAAAGAAAUGGAAACUCAAGACCAACGGGAGAUGAGAGUGCUUGAAGCUAUUUAUCCACGUUCUUCUUCUAUCCCACCAAACCCAUCUUUACCAGUGGGUGAGGAAAACUCAUUUCCAUAUGAUGAACACACCCCUCGGAUUCCAAUAACUCCGAUUGAAGAUGAGGAUGUAGCACUAGAUGCAUCGUCCGUUGAUUCCAUUGCAGAAAAUCCUGUUUCAAUAGUCUCACAGACCCAGCUAUUGGCCCCGGGAACUUCCUCACAUCAGGGCAAUGCCGAUACCAAUCCUCGUCCCGGAUUCUCAGCAGCAGCUGUUGAUCCUGAUAUUGUAGCGGCUGCUCAAGCUGCCUUGACUGCAGUUAUGUCAAGCAGCGAUCAAAAGGAUUUUAUUGAUCAUAACUUGCUGAUAAAACUUCUCAGUGACCCAAAAAUGAUCAAGCAACUCGUCACAAGUCAUGGGGCAGCAUCCAGCACGCAGAAUCUGCCAUCCUGCAUGCAGAAUAUGCCCUCCUCCGGUUUGCAGAAUUCACGAGCUGUUGGUCCCCAAUAUAUAUCACCAUCAAGUACACAAAGUAUGCCACCAGUCAGCUUGCAUAACAUGCCUUCCCCCAGCCUGCCAAAUAUGCUCGACUUGAGGUCUCCAGCCAAGAGUUUAUGUGAUCCACCUCCAGUCAUCAAUAAUGGAGAUACGCCUUCUGCUUAUGUUACCCGACUGGAACAUCUUUCACCAUCUACAGCUUCACCAAGCAGACCUUUCUAUCAUUCUUCAAGUAUGAUGGGACCUGUUCCUGGUCUCCUGUCGUCUGUAGCUGAUGUUUCUUCAGCCGCACCAUCUUCCUCCCUGGGAACUCCUAUAACAAAGGACAUAAACUAUUACAAGAGUCUGAUUCAGCAACAUGGUGGAGAAAGACAAGAAAUUUUGCCCCAUUUUGGUAGUCAGACAACUCAAGAACCUAAAAAUACUAUGAAGUCAAAAGACUCGAAAUCAAAGAUAAUGAAGCCUUGCAUGUUUUUCAAUAGCCCAAGGGGUUGCAGGAAUGGAGUAAACUGUACAUUUCUGCAUGAUACAUCAUCUCAGCAGAGAGUUACAAAUAAUCCGGAGGUUCAAAGUGCAAAAAGAAUGAAAAUGGAUAGAGAAAUUACUGGUACAUAAUUUGCAAUCAGCAGAUGUUUAUACUUAUGGGAGGCAUUGUUUUUGGCCAGCCUUUUCUCUAUGUUUCUCCCCUUAAAAGAGAAAAAUAUUAUAUUUGAUUAUUCUCGUUUGUAGUGGCUUA